AUGGACGAAAACGCCACUUUGAGGCGAUUACUUGAGCAAAUCGAGUUGAUGCAACAGCAACAUGCAGCAGCGAUGGAAACCAUGCGUAAACAACAUGAAGAUGUCUUGCAACAAUUACGUGCAGAAAAUGCAGCCUUUCGCGCCCAUGCACAACAUCAUCAUUCCCCUUCUCCUCCUCCUCGGUCUAGCCAUGUUCCAACGGCAACCGAAGAGCACCAUUCCACUUCAGAUCCUACUUAUAUUUCAGAAUCUUCCCGAACUCACCGUUCUACGCAUACUCAUACUAGUCGGGCAACGUAUGACCAUCAUUCUUCUCAGCGCCACCCCUUCGUGGAUGGCAUCAUGGAAGUUCCCCUACCACCGGCAUGGAAGUCACUGAACAUCGAACGGUAUGAUGGAACAACUGAUCCUGACGAGCAUAUUGAUGCAUACGUCACUCAAGUCAAUCUUUACACGAAUGAAGACGCCAUCAUGUGUCGUGUCUUCCCAACCUCACUUAAAGGCGCAGCACUUAGUUGGUAUACCCAACUUCCACCCCGUUCUGUGAACAACUUUGACACCCUGGUACGACUUUUCUCAGCACAAUACGCUACAAGUCGGCCUCAUCAUAUAACAUCAGCGGCAUUGUCCAACCUGAGGCAACGAGAUGACGAAUCCUUAAGAUGUUUUAUGGAACGCUUUGCCAAUGUCUCCAUCAAGAUCCGUCAUCUUAACCCGGAAGUCGCCCUCCAUUCCAUGUUGAUGGCUCUAAAACCUGGACCUUUUGUGGAUAGUCUGUGCAGACAUCAGCCAGCAAAUAUGGACGAACUUAGAGCCCGUGCAGCAGGGUAUAUUCAGAUGGAGGAACACGCCGAAUUCCGCAACACCAUCCGAGAAAGUCUCUCUAACAAAGGUGAAGCUAGCGGUAGCGAGGCUAACCAUGCAGAUUUGAUAUCUCUACCUCCCCCAGCACACAAUCCGCCCAACGCUGAUAAAAGCAAACAUUGCCAUUUUCACCGGAAUCACGGGCACACCACGGAAGAAUGCUGGACUCUUAAAGAUCGAAUUGAAGAGCUUAUUCAAGCAGGACAACUUGGACAAUAUAUUCACCGAGGUCAAACUUCCCGUGGAGGCUUUCGCGGUCGGGGACGUGGUCGUGGACGAUAUCAAGGUGGACGAUACCAGGAUUACCAAGGUCGUUUCGAGAACAAUCGUUACAACAAUACAAAUCCACAACAAGAGGGUAAACCGAGUUCCAAUGGCACUGAUCAACAGCGUACUGAAAAACCCCCUGAGGAACACACCAUACGUGGUGUGAUCAACACCAUAGCCAGAGGUUUUGCUGGAGGUGGAAGUUCCAAUUCGGCUCGAAAAUGCCAUCUUCGUACUAUCCACAGCAUCAAUAAUUGUGACCAUGCUGAGUCGAAGCCGACAACUCCAAAUCAUCCUAUCACUUUCACUGAUGAAGAUUAUGAAGGCGUAAGCUUAAACCAAGAUGAUCCCAUGGUCAUCUCGGUCGAAGUUGCAAACUGGGAAGUUCACAAAACCUUGAUUGAUCAAGGAAGCUUUGCUGAUGUGCUAUACUAG